AUGUACACUCUGGGUGAGGACAAUUCCGAGAUUGUCGUGGACAAAACCUCAGAGAACCGGAACUACGAGGACUUUGUCCACGAUUUACCUUCGACGGAAUGCCGAUGGGUGGUUUACGACUUCCAAGAUGAGAGAGCCGGUGUUAACAGGAACAAAAUUGUAUUUAUCUCUUGGUCGCCAGAAGCAGCGAAUAUAAACAAGAAGAUGCUUUUUUCUUCGUCGAAAGAAGCCCUCAGAAGAAAUUUCACCAGUGUUUCAGUUGAGAUAAACGCAACGGACCUGGGAGACGUCUCUCGAGAGACCGUCACGGCCCGGUGCGGAUUUUAG